GCCGGGAGGAGCGCCGGUCCCCGUGGAUCCCGAGAGUGCAGAGCUCGGGGAAGGGGCCGGGAGGCGUGGGGGAGCCGGGCCCUCCCCUCAGGAACGUGUCCCGGGGCCGACCCGGCCCGUAGUGUGGAAGCAGCUUCAGAUGAGGAAGACUCAAUAAAUUACACAGCUGGUACCAGACAGAGCCAGGAUUCAAAGCCAGGUAGGUGAGCUCGUGAAACAAUAUGAAGAGGAGAAAAUAGCCUUUUAAGGAAAUUGGCCCACAGAAAGGAUGGCCUUCUUGGACAAUCCAACUAUCAUUCUAGCUCAUAUUCGACAGUCACAUGUGACCAGUGAUGACACGGGAAUGUGUGAGAUGGUUCUCAUUGAUCAUGAUGUUGACCUAGAGAAGAUUCAUCCUCCUUCAAUGCCUGGAGACAGUGGGUCAGAAAUUCAGGGAAGCAAUGGUGAGACUCAGGGCUAUGUAUAUGCCCAGUCAGUCGAUAUUACCUCAAGUUGGGACUUUGGUAUUAGAAGACGCUCAAACACAGCUCAAAGAUUAGAACGACUCCGAAAAGAGAGACAAAACCAGAUCAAAUGCAAAAAUAUUCAGUGGAAAGAAAGAAAUUCUAAGCAAUCAGCCCAGGAGUUAAAGUCACUGUUUGAAAAAAAAUCUCUCAAAGAGAAGCCUCCAAUUUCUGGAAAGCAGUCAAUAUUAUCUGUACGCCUAGAGCAGUGCCCUCUGCAGCUGAAUAACCCCUUUAACGAGUAUUCCAAAUUUGAUGGCAAGGGUCAUGUAGGUACAACGGCAACCAAGAAGAUCGAUGUCUACCUCCCUCUGCACUCGAGCCAGGACAGACUGCUGCCAAUGACCGUGGUGACAAUGGCCAGCGCCAGGGUACAGGACCUGAUCGGGCUCAUCUGCUGGCAGUAUACAAGCGAAGGACGGGAGCCGAAGCUCAAUGACAAUGUCAGUGCCUACUGCCUGCAUAUUGCUGAGGAUGAUGGGGAGGUGGACACGGAUUUCCCCCCACUGGAUUCCAAUGAGCCCAUUCAUAAGUUUGGCUUCAGUACUUUGGCCUUGGUUGAAAAGUACUCAUCUCCUGGUCUGACAUCCAAAGAGUCACUCUUUGUUCGAAUAAACGCUGCUCACGGAUUCUCCCUCAUUCAGGUGGACAACACAAAGGUCACCAUGAAGGAAAUCUUACUAAAGGCAGUGAAGCGAAGAAAAGGAUCCCAGAAAAUUUCAGGCCCUCAGUACCGCCUGGAGAAGCAGAGCGAGCCCAAUGUCGCCGUUGACCUGGACAGCACUUUGGAGAGCCAGAGCGCAUGGGAGUUCUGCCUGGUCCGCGAGAACAGUUCAAGGGCAGACGGGGUUUUUGAGGAGGAUUCGCAAAUUGACAUAGCCACAGUACAGGAUAUGCUUAGCAGCCACCAUUACAAGUCAUUCAAAGUCAGCAUGAUCCACAGACUGCGAUUCACAACCGAUGUACAGCUAGGUAUCUCUGGAGACAAAGUAGAGAUAGACCCUGUUACGAAUCAGAAAGCCAGCACUAAGUUUUGGAUUAAGCAAAAGCCCAUCUCAAUCGAUUCUGACCUGCUCUGUGCCUGUGACCUUGCUGAAGAAAAAAGCCCCAGUCACGCAAUAUUUAAACUCACGUAUCUAAGCAAUCACGACUAUAAACACCUCUACUUUGAAUCGGACGCUGCUACCGUCAAUGAAAUUGUGCUCAAGGUUAACUACAUCCUGGAAUCGCGAGCAAGCACUGCCCGGGCUGACUACUUUGCUCAAAAACAAAGAAAACUGAACAGACGUACGAGCUUCAGCUUCCAGAAGGAGAAGAAAUCCGGGCAGCAGUGACACUGGCCUCCAGCCUCAAUCUGUUCCAUAGCUCAGAGCCUGCCUGCCAGGGCCAAGUGCCCUAGAGCCCACCUGGUGUCCUGAAGUCCUCGGGGGGAGGCCAGCCCCUGGCUCACUGGCACUGGGCAGGUGGGCCCUUGGGGAAGGUGUCGGGGCCCUCUAGGAGGAAGCACUGGGGACAUUGCCAUGGACCGAAGCCUGCUUGGCAGUGGCUUUGAUUAGUGACGCCUGGGGGCAAGACCACCCCCUGGAGGAGCCACAUGCCGCGCAGCCAUCUUCACUGCCUGCCACCCUGCCCGAGGAUGUACAGAGCCGUGCCCAGGCAUUUCCUUGCAACUUGAUCAAAUUUCUUAAAGCAAACAAAGAACAAAAAUGUACAUUUCUGUUUUUCAUUUUAAUAAACAGAUGUACUCUUUA